AUUUUUAACGUUAUUGUUUUUUUCCGCUUGCUAUUGUUCAACUCAACAAGAUAUUUUAUUGAUUUUAUUUUUUUCUUGAUUCUAUAUCGAUUUAGUAAUAUCGUGAACCGUGGUCGACUUUACUAAACUAUCGGUACCAUCGAUAGUACCGUAUAUCGAUACUUUCGAUAUACCGCUGCGAAUACCCUGUGUAGAGGUUAUGUACGUUUAUGUAUAACCUAGCGAAUCGACGUGUCUCCGGAUUUUCCAUUUUUGUCAGGUAAAUGUAAUCGUUGUACGACAGUCGGUGUAGUUUUCUUCGUUUUAAAAAGGACGAAAAAUGAAUUAGAUAUUAUCGAACAUUCAGUGAAAUAGUAAUUUAGUGGAGAAAAAUACGAUAAUCGUCGAUGUCGUUUUGUACAUUUUAGUGAUCGGUCAUGUAUAUCUCGGGAAUCAGAAGGUGGUUGUUCCAAUUAAAUUCGGAACAAGUUAAUCAUGUUUCAAGAUUUCGAUGUCCCAAGCGAAAGGGUUUGUACAGGAACAUUCAGUCUAAAGUGGAUCCAAAGGUCGUAGCUCUACGCGAAAAAAUAUUAUAUUGUGAUCAUCUGGAUCUUGAUAAAGUGCGAAUGGGACAUAAAAUGCGUUUAAGGCAAACCCAAAUGGAAAAGAAACAGAAAGAAAAAGUACAGUUUCAUAAAUUGACAUACGAGCCUAUAUUUAGCGUUAUGCUCGAUAACGAAAUGCAAGAAGAAAGUAAGGAAGAAUCGCGUCGAGCGAAAUUAGAAAAUAAUACGAGCAUAGAUAUCGAGAAACAGGCCAAGUCUCCGUAUAUGCCGUACGCGACAACAGCCUCUUACGAAAUUAUUAACGAUGAUAAGUUUGAAAAAUAUGUACAAUUACAAGAGAGAUAUUUAGAAAUGAGUGGGAGCGGCUCGGAGGCUAAAAAUUCGCUGCAUGGGAAAGCGAAUAACGAUAACGAUCGGUACGCCGCGUUACCAGAAGGAGAGCUGUGGAAAGUUCCAAAGUCUUGGAUGUUCGAUUACGAACAAUACGACGAGACUCCGAUCGACGCGACAUGGUACAAAAGUUACGGUACACCGGACCCUGCUUCUCCAGUUAGCUCUGUACCUUGUGGCGGAUGCGGCGCGUUAUUGCAUUGUAAAGAUGCAAAGAUUCCGGGAUAUCUACCGUCAGAAUUGUUCUCGAAUCAAGCAGAAGAGGAUUUGAAACUAACCAUUUGUCAAAGAUGUCACUUCUUAAAGUUUUAUAAGGCAGCAUUAAAAGUCAACGUGUCGAUAGAAGAUUAUCCGAAGCUAUUGAAAGUAAUUAAAAGAAAAAAAUGUGCCAUAAUUUUGGUAGUAGAUCUGACCGAUUUUCCUUGCAGUAUCUGGCCAGAUUUGAAAAGCAUCAUGCACCCUUUUACCCCCAUCUUUUUAGUCGGCAACAAGGUGGACGCGUUACCCAGAGAUCGAUCUACCGAGGUGUUUCUGACUCGUAUCAAGCAAUUAUUAGCGGACACGGUCGUUGACAUAACUGGAAUAUCGAAAAAAAACAUUAUGCACGUGGAAAUUAUAUCCGCUUUGACCAAAUUCGGUAUAGAACAGCUUAUAAACAAGUUACAAUAUAAAUGGUCGGUCAGAGGUGACGUUUAUUUGGUCGGGUGUACGAACGUUGGAAAGUCCACUUUAUUCAAUGUUUUAUUGAACUCGGAUUACUGUAAAGUACAAGCGAUUGAUCUUAUACCGCGGUCAACCGUAUCUCCUUGGCCUGGAACAACGUUAAAUUUAUUGAAAUUUCCACUUUUAAACAUGAAUAGCGAACGAUGCGAGUUAAGAACGAGAAGACUGAUGAGGGAACAACCGCUAAAACAGGAAUUGAUGAAAUACAGAAACGAAGAGUUUAAGCGAACGAGAAAAAUCAAGUACGCGACUUUGAAAGGACACGUUGGACGAACGUUUAGCGCGAACUCCACGGCAAACGAGCCGUUCGAUUCUUUCGUGGAGAAAUCGCACAAGUUUAUGAGUACGAAGCCCACGUUCGACGAGUCCGCGCCAGAGUACAAAGAAAGCCGAUGGUGUUACGAUACGCCGGGUACAGUACAAACGGACCAAAUAUUAGAUUUACUAACGACAGACGAGCUGAUGUUAACCUUACCAAAAGUCACCGUAUUACCGAGAACGUUUGAUUUUAAACCGCAACACACCGUAUUCGUGGCUGGUCUAGGAAGAUUAGACUACGUAGACGGCAGACGUCUUAUUCGAUGCACCCUGUUUACGAGCAACGAAUUACCUAUAACGAUAUGUUACACGGACGUUGCGGACGAGGUGUACGAUCAAUUGUUGGAAACCGAAGCUUUCGUUGUACCUAGCAACGAACCAGAACGGUUAAGAGUUUGGCCAAAAUUGGAGUCGAAAGAAUACGAAGUUACCGGCAUCUAUAAGGAAUCCGCCGCUGACAUCGUGUUAUCGAACGCGGGUUGGAUCGCUAUCACGCCAGCAAAGAACGAGAAGGUCGUAUUGAGAGCGUGGACGCCACAGGGCCGUGGCAUACAUUUAAGGAGGCCGGCACUGUUGAGUAAAUCCGUGCAUUUUCGAGGAUGCAGGAUACCGAAUACACCGUUGUAUACACUAGGACGACAAGCGUACGGCUCCAAGUAAAUUGGAGCAAUUUUUCUACGUAUUGGUAAUUUAUUGAUUUCCUCGAAGUUACACAUAGACAUUGUCGACGAGGCGUUGCGCAAUUUUUAAAAUACAUUGGCUUCUUGAGCUC